GUGGCGAUAUAAAUACAUAUUAAUAAUAAUAAUAAUAAUAACGCUACCCACAACCCUGGUCCAAUGCUGUAAACGUUUAGUUUUAGCCUUUUAUUAUAUAUAUGGGUUUUACAACUGGUUUGGGGUUCCUUUAAUGGGAAUUUGGCUUCCCAUAGCCUUCCUACUGUGUUGUAACCCCCUGAUAGGGUGUAGCCUAGGGGCAUGGCAAAUACAACCCCUAGUGAAGGUGAGAUUUUCACUCUUAUACCAUAGUAAUUCCUUCUCUACGUCUAAUUGAAAAGAUUCACGUUUAGAGCACUACAUUCUAUGGUGCCUUUAAUCUCAGGUGUAACGCUUUAAUAGGCUGUAAAUAGAAUGCACCAGAGCAGGACAAGGCCAUAAAUAACAUUUUCUUUAGCUAUAAUGUUCUACAUUGCCUGACCGUCCCUAGGUGGCGCUUUGCCUUGAAUUACACCGAGGUGAACCAUGUUAUCGAUUAACGCGCAGCGCCACCUGGUGAUUAUCACGGAAGUCCCUGUACUUUUUGCCGGCACGAAACAUGGUACUGAAUAACAAUGGUUAUUCGAGAAACGGAAGUUACAGCUCUCCACCUUUCCGCCUGCUUGUUGUCAUGGCGACGGACGCUGGAGACCCAGCGGCAGAGAAUUGCCAGAAGAAGCAUGAUGGAGUCCAGUGGGAGUUCGGCGGGAGUGAAGUGCGCGCUCCCAGAGGAUACGGAGGAAUGUUUUACCAUAGAGAUGCUACUGAGGCCUUCAAUUUCAGACCAGUUGCGAGUGGGCUUCUUUGGAACAGAUCAUGCAACUCAAACAGAUGUAAGCGAAGUUCUGGAACUUAAAGAAGUGACCGGUGUGAUGCAAUCCCUUGUCAAGUCUGUGGAUGAUCUGAAGAAAGAUAUUGUUUUCCAAAAAAAUCUCCUGCAAGCGGAAUAUAAACAGAAGAUUGAGGAGCAUGCCAUGAAAAUGUAUGAACAAAUGAACUAUACAGUACAGGAUCUGGAGGAGGUGUACAAAAAGAAAGUAUCCACACUGAGGAAGAGCUACCAGCAGCAGCUGAUCGAUAGCCUUGCAGUAAUAAAGGCAAAUUAUGAGGGUUCUCAUUCAGGGAGCAAAGUCUUUGAUUCAGGAGAUGCCUCUUCUGCUAAAGUCCAGGCAUUAAAAAAGAAACUAUUUGAGAAAGAUAUUUUCAUUCAGUCCUUGGAAGGACGAAUUGCAGAGCUGGAACAAAGUGAUCACCCUAAACAGAUAAUUUUCGAAGCAGAAGAUGACCCAGAAAAAAAGCGGCUGGAAGAAGAAAAUAAAGAAAUGAAAGGGAAAAUUGAUGAGCUGUAUGAAAAUGCUCAGAAGCUGGAAGAUGUUCUUAGACAGAAAGAGAAGCAGAUUCGCUUGCUAGAUCUGGACGUGGGUUCCAUGAAACAGAAAAUGGAGAAAGACCAACAGACCAUUGAAAAGUUGUCUUCUGCUCAAGAGAAACUGAAAAUUGAUCUUGAAAAUGAGAAAGCAACCGCAGAAAAACUGCUUAAUCAACAGAAAGACGAAAUGGAAAAGUUAUUCGAAGCAAAGCUAAAGGAACAAGAAACACAGUUUAUUCAACAAAAACAAGAUAUUGAAGGAAUAAUGAGGACAAGGCUAAAGGAAAAGGAAAAAGAGCAAGAUCGAAUGCAACAAGAAUACGAAAGUAGAAUACUUGAAGAGCAGAGACAAAAACUGAAGCACAUUCAGGAAGCAGAAUCUAUGAAAAGAAAACAGCAAUCAGCAAAGACAAAGAGCCCUCCAGUUAAGUCAUCAGAUGUGAGCAGAGAUACUGAAAUGCUACUUGCUCAGCUUAAGAAACUUGCAACAGUUAAAGAAGAGCAAGAAAAAGAUAUAGAACGGCUUCGAAGGGAGCUGGACCGGGUAAACAGAACAUGGGAGAAGAAAUUUGAGAUCUUGAAACAAAGCUUUCAUGCUAUAAAGGAUGAAAUGUUCCUGAGACAGUCCCUGCAGCGUCAGUCCUUGAGCCUUCAGAAAGUAUCAGUCAGCUAUAUGCAGACAAAUGAAAGCAUAAGCGAAAUUCCUUCAGGCGUUGGUCCAAAAAAUAGCUUCUAUUUUCCUGCAAAUCCUUUGCCCCAAAUAGGAACCAAGACGUCUCCAAGUCAGUUAACUCACAUGGCCGACAGCUACGCAGAUUAUCAAGAAAAAUACAUGUCCACAGAGAACGAGCUACAGGUUGUGUCUGAUGAUGAAGAGGAUCUAGAAGAGGUUCAUCCUCUCCCACCGCCUCCCAAAAUAAAUUAAUCAGGAUCCACCUUCAUUAUAAAAACACCAAAGCAAAUAAAUAUGGCAAAGAGUUUUUUGGGUUUUUUUUGUAUGAAACAUCCAGCUAGUGGCCAUUUCUAAACUUGAAUAAAAAAUGUAUAGAUGUUGCCUCUAAUGUACGACAACAUUUUGAUUUGAUUGUGUGCCUUAUGUUAUAUAAUAGUGUAUGGUACAAUGUGUCUCAGUCAUGCAAUACUGUGGCUAUGGUCCUUAUCCAGCUUAGUAACUGAAGAUACUGGUUAUCAUCUUUGGUGUCUACAUAUAAAACAAUAACAUAAUACUAAAGUAUGAUCUGUAUAUGUGUGUGUGUGAGAGGAUAUAUAGAAUAUAUGUAUAACACAGACUAACGGGGGAAUGUAAUAAAAAUCGCUAACGGAAAAACUAUUCGCAAUGCGAAAAGU